AUGAACAAGCUGCCGUACUUCCUGCAGCCUGCCGCCCGCCGGCACCAAUAUUCAAUUCGACCGUUCUACACCUCGCUGAUCGUGCUCUCGGUUCUUGCGACUGCAAGCUGGCUCUUCAGUACUACCGGCAAUGGAUAUGAACUCUAUACACAAGGCCCUGCAGCAGGCAUCAACCUGUUCAAGCGCGAAGGCGAACCAGAGUGUCGCUCAGUUCGCAAGGCCCUUAAUCAGUGCGAAUUUGUCCGCGCCAAUUGCCCUGAUCAUGAGGAUGGCCUGAUCUUCUACCUGCGGUUUUAUUACUGUACCCUGACCGACGCCAAACCCGUGGCUUUCAUAAUCUUGAUUGUUUGGCUGUCGCUACUGUUCAGUACCAUCGGAAUUGCGGCCAGUGAUUUCUUAUGUAUCGAUCUGAGCACAUUGGCCAGCAUACUGGGGAUGAGCGAAAGUCUCACGGGCGUCACUUUUCUUGCGUUUGGCAAUGGAAGCCCGGAUGUAUUCUCCACCUUCGCCGCCAUGCGGUCGAACAGUGGGAGCCUGGCAAUUGGUGAGCUAAUCGGCGCCGCUACUUUCAUCACAUCUGUGGUCGCGGGCUCCAUGGCUCUCGUUCGGCCGUUCAAGGUCGCGCGCAGAAGUUUCGUGCGAGAUGUGGGUUUCUUCGUUGUGGCUGUUGUCUUCAGCAUGUUCAUGCUCGCGGAUGGGAGACUGCACGCCUGGGAGUCAGCUACAAUGGUAGGCUUUUAUGCUUUCUACGUCAUCACGGUGGUAACCUGGCAUUGGUUCCUUGUGCGCCGGCGCCGGAGGCUUGAGAGAGAUCUCGCAGCACGAGCCCAUUUCCACAUACCAGAAAAUCAGGAAUUGGAGAUCGAGGAGACAGCCGAGGACGAUGAUCCGGGCGUGGCAUCAGAGUCACGAAGCCUUCUUCGCGGUGCAUCAAAUGAAGAUUUUGAUCUUUUGGAGCGCGCUGAGGCUGUACCGAUUUGGAAAGAGGAAGAAGACACCGAAGAUGAUGAAACUCGCAAUCGAUACCUUGCCGAGAUUCGCGACAACAUGCACCUUCACCGGCCUAUGCGAUCAAGGCGCAACACGAUGAACCCUAUCAGACCAAGUCUGGUUGGUGCUUUGGAAUUUCAAUCUGUGCUUCACUCGCUGCAGAAAUCAAGAAGCGCCUAUCACAACCCGACAAUAAGUCUGAACAGCUACUCAGAUGACGGCGAGGCCGAUUUCGAUAGGCGAUCGAUAGCAUCGCACCCUCGCGCCAGCCGGCCAUCUACCACCAAUGACCGGCUUUCGCCUUCUAGCGCAGCAGGCUCAUCGCGAAUCCGAGCUGUUUCUGCAAACGACGCAGAGGGUUUGAAACUUGACACUAGUAUCUUGGAGCCUCGACCAGCCCAAGGCCCUCUUCUCACUGUAAGCAAGCCCUCCUUCGAAGAUACCCCGGGCGAAGACGCACUGCAGGCGCGCCAACUCCCUCGCAUUGAUACUGCAAAUGCAUUGGCGGUAUCACAGCCAUCCUCUGCCCAUCAGUCAUCUGGCGUGAGUCCCACCGGAGCAGAUCCGCAAACCCCAGAUCGCCUUGCCCCAGCGGACGCUUUCAACUCCCCAAAUUAUCAGCCAUCAGGGGUACACGAAAGAUCCCCAAUGUCAGUCUCGCCUAGAGGUACCACAAAUCGUCGUCAUUCGGGCUUUGGUCUGGAAAGCCCCUCGGUUCCCUUUCCGUCUUAUACAGAUCUGUCCUCCCUCUCAUCUUCGCGGGCACCCAGCAUUCGACUGCCAUUCCCUGCCAGUCCGUUGGAAAGGCUCCAAGUCCAGGACGACUUUGAUAAUUUCGCUCAUGUAGGCUCUCCUUUCCGGAAAUACCUGAGGAAUUGGUGGCCUGACUCGAUUCCUCCCCCUCAACAGAUUGGCUGCACCCUCUUUCCCACAUUGGCAGGCUGGAAGUCGAAGAGUGUCUGGGAGCGACUUCUUGGUAUAAUCGCAGCCCCCAGCGUGCUGCUGCUCACCAUAACAGUCCCAGUCAUUGAGCCAGAACCGCCAGAACCCAUGGACUCGGAUCCAAUCCCCUCGGUCGUCAUUCAAGACGUUGGAGAUUCACAGGCCCCUCCACCUAGGGUCAGACUCCCGGCCGAUAGUCCGGUCAUGAUUCCCCAGGAGCACGACCACGACGGGUCCCUGUCUUCCAAUUUGCCCCCGACACACCCUCACCGCAAGAUCUCAUACGAACACUCCGGGCGCCCACGCUGGGACUCUGAACUACCACCUGUGCCUGUACCUGGCUCAGCAGAUCCUAUAGCCGUCAAGGACUGGAAUCGCUGGCUAGUCUCAAUCCAAUUAUUCACAGGCCCUUUCUUCGCCGUACUCAUCGCCUGGACAACACUCGACGAGGAUCUCGACCUUCACAACCUCAUUCUGCCUACCCUCGUCUCCCUCCUCUUUUCGUCCAUCUGUCUCACGUUCCUCAUUAUAAGUACCCGUCGUCACCAAAGCCAACGAUCCAGUACAGAUUUCACUCUUCUUUCACACGACUCUCAACCCCACACCCCAACCCUCCCUCCUCAAUGGCGACCCUUCCUCUCUCUUCUUGGCUUCCUCGUUGCUAUCUCAUGGAUCGCAACAAUCGCCACCGAAGUCGUCUCCCUCCUCAAAACCCUAGGUGUCAUUCUCAACAUCUCAGACUCCUUACUCGGAUUGACCGUCUUCGCAGUCGGCAAUUCCCUCGGCGACCUAGUCGCCGACAUCACCGUCGCUAGACUCGGUUUCCCAGUCAUGGCCUUGAGCGCCUGCUUCGGUGGCCCCAUGCUCAACAUCCUACUCGGUAUCGGGCUUGGAGGUCUAUAUAUGACUCUCAACGGUGGCCAGAGACAAAACCAGGCCGUGGGGCUCCGAGACUCCGUUGGCUCGGUUCAAGUUCCUUACGAGAUUGCCAUAUCCAAGGUCCUUGUCAUCAGUGGUGCUACACUCCUGGCUAUUCUUGUUGGUCUUUUGGUUGUUGUUCCAUUAAACAACUGGAAAAUGGAUCGCAGGAUCGGUUGGGGCCUUGUUGCUGUGUGGUGCGUGAGUACCUUGGGUAAUGUCAUAGCCGAAGUUUUCACUUGA